CCCGUGAUCGCUGUGUCCUACGGACACAGCUGAUCACUAGAUGUGGUAAAAGGCCGAUCAUACCGGCCUUUUACCACGUGAUCAGCGGUGUCCAAUGACACGCUGAUCACAGGGAAAUGCAAGUGCCGGUUCUCGGCUGCACUUUCCUCACGCUGUCAGAUCGGCCACUGAUGAUCAGUGCCCUGAUGAUCGGUGCCCAGCAGUGCCACCCACAAGUUCUGCGCACCUGUGCCCAGCAGUGCACCCACCUGUGCCACUCUGCAGUGUCACACACCUGUGCCCAGAAGUGCCACCUACCUGUGCCCAGAAGUGCCACCUACCUGUGGCCA